UCUCUCGCCGCGUGAAUGUGACGUCAUCCGGGCAUCAUGGCGGAGUUCAGCGAAUUUAUGAAGUUGCGGAGGCGAUUUAAGACUAACGAAGAGCCAGAGGAGGAAGAAAAGACUGCUGGUUCUGAUGAGGCUGUGGAACUGAAACCGUCCGCUCGGAUCAACCGGCACUCCGUCUUCUGGCUUCUGGCUUCUGUCGCUCUCACCUAUUAUGUGGAUUUCUUCUCUGUAGUGCUGAACCACACUGACAUUCACAGCUGGUGGUUCUCCGUGGGUCUGGUGUUGCUGGGAUUGUGCCUCAGUCUGGCUGCCUUCUGUAUUGUGUAUCUGGAGUGGUUCAGGGGCAUCAGGCACUACGAGCAGGAGUAUCCCGCCGUCCCUGCCGUGACCACUGCCGCCUUCCUCGCCGCGUCCUGCAGCUUGAACAUCGCUCUGUGGCCGGUCUGGUCCUUCUUCACUCCUGUGCUUCUGUUCACUCAGUUCAUGGGUGUGUUGAUGCUGAUCUCGCUGCUCGGCUGAACACUUCCUCACACAGCUGUUCCGACCCGUGCCACAGCCAGAGAGGUCAGCUGAUCUGUGACCUCCCACUGACCUCUGACCUCUGCUUCAGUCCAGGGCUGAGGAGCCGCUCCAGUGAGAGACGACAUUCAACAUGCAUCCGUAUUCCUCCGUUUUUGUGUUUGGUGUCCUGAAAGAGGUCGUUGAAGGAUCUUGUAAGUUGAACUGGAUGUGUUCUUUGAGGUCCUGAUGAUUCCUGAUUUGAGUGUCUGCU